UUGGCGCGGGUGCUCCCGGGACGUCAGCAUGGCAGCCUUCGCAGAUUUGGACAUAAGAGCGGGCUCGGACCUGAAGGCUCUGCGCGGACUGGUGGAGAACGCUGCUCACCUUGGAUAUUCAGUUGUUGCCAUCAAUCAUAUUGUUGACUUUAAGGACAAGAAACAGGAGAUUGAAAAGCCAGUAGCAGUUUCUGAGCUCUUCACAGCUUUACCCAUUGUACAGGGAAAAUCAAGACCGAUUAAACUUUUAACUAGAUUGACAAUUAUCGUUACAGAUCCGUCUCACUGUAAUGUUUUGAGAGCAACUUCUUCAAGGGUCCGGCUGUAUGAUAUUGUUGCAGUGUUUCCAAAGACAGAAAAACUUUUUCAUGUUGCUUGCACACAUUUAGAUGUGGAUUUAGUCUGUAUAACUGUAACCGAAAAAUUACCGUUUUACUUCAAAAGACCCCCUGUUAAUGUGGCAAUUGACCGGGGUCUGGGCUUUGAACUUGUCUAUGGCCCUGCCAUCAGAGACGCCACGAUGAGAAGGUACACAAUUUCCAACGCCCUCAGUUUGAUGCAGAUCUGCAGAGGAAAGAAUGUAAUUCUCUCCAGUGGUGCAGAGAGGCCUUUGGAAAUAAGAGGACCGUAUGAUGUGGCAAACUUAGGGCUGCUGUUUGGGCUGUCUGAGAGCGAAGCCAAGGCUGCCGUGUCCACAAAUUGCCGAGCUGCGUUUCUCCAUGGAGCAGUUGCUAGACCGGUGCCUAUGGCUGGUUCUGACUGCAUAGGAUGCCAUGGAGAGAGCACUGGAGAAGCAGCCCUGCUCUGCAGUUUAACCUAAGAGAAACUAGAAAAACUGCUUUUGGAAUUAUUUCUACAGUGAAGAAACCUCGGCCGUCAGAAGUGGAUGAUGAUUCUCUUCCAGCUAGCAAGAAAGCUAAAUGCGAGGGCUGAUGAAGGCGCAGUCUCCGUCAGCCUCCUCCUCCGUUACAGCUCUCCAGUCACAGUGGGAGCAAACUAGUGCUGAGCUAGCUGAUGUUUUCACUAAACUACAACCAGCAGUCUAUACAGCAGCUUUAUCUCAGACAUAACAGCAGAAGUAAAGUCCAGUGAGGCGUUUUCUAAAGACUGGCAGUUGAGUUAAUUUAGAUAUAUACUUUAAGAUAAAAAGCUUUUUUAUCCUCUUUGUGAAUAAUAAACCAUAGUAAGUAUACCAAAGUAAGAUGUUUCAGUAUUUUAAGAUAUUGAAGAUAAAUAAACUAAUGUUUUUCUACUUGA